UGGAGGGAUGGGUUGGCCUUGGUCUUUUCCCGCCCUGGGAGGUUGUUUGAACACGUUGCUGCCUCUUUUCCCCAUUCUGCUUGCUUCGUUUUCCUUACUCUCUGCUUAAAGGCUAUAUGAUACGGUUGGGUCAUCGAGCGAGUGUUCCACCGUACCUACGAGGAGGUUUUUGGCUUCAUAAGAUUGGACUGCUUCACCACACGGCCAAUCCGAUACCAACGCUGUUACAAAGGAGGGUGGGGUGGUCUUGUCUAUUCGCGGAGGAGGUAUGUCUGCCUAGUAUGGUUUGCCAGAUUUUCAUACUGGUUAUUUUGCAUGUUUGUACGGUUCCCGUUCUGUUGGGAUUGCCAAGUCUGUGCUGUGGCUGUGAAAGUGGGUGUCGGCCUGGCAUAUCGAGGCAAGACCGAGAGGCAGACAAAAGGAGGGCGGUCUAGUCUGGUUUUCCUUACGGCGGACAAUUGCAUUUGGGGAGGUUGUCCUGCAUCCGCUUAUUGGGGUUACUAGACCUCAGAACGGCAUCAUCUUCUAGAAGGAGUUUGGGGGGGCUUUUCACUGGAGAAGCGCGGG